AUGCCAGCCCCGCAGAAGAGGCUGAUCUUCUGCACGGCCGGGGUGCUGAGCCUCGCCUGCGCGCUGGGCACGGCGGCGGCCGUGGGCACCCAGCUCUGGGUGAGGGGCACGACCCUCUGCACCACGGGAGCGCUGCUCGUCAACGCCACCGGCCCCGAGCUGCACAAGUUCAUCGGCGAGAUCCAGUACGGGCUCUUCUCCGGGCAGCGUGUGCGGCAGUGCGGGCUCGGGGGGAGACCCUUUCAGUUCUCAUUUUUUCCAGAUUUGCUCAAAAUUAUCCCUGCAAGUAUCCAUGUUAGUGUCAUUCUCUUCUGUACAGUACUGAUCAUCUUUGCUCUGGUGGGAGCAGGGUUCUUCAUGUUCAAUGCUUUUGGCAGCCCCUACGAAACACUGCAUGGUCCUGUCGGGCUGUACCUCUGGAGCUUCAUUGCCUGUUCCUGUGGUUGCCUCAUCAUGAUUCUCUUCUCCUCGGAGGUGAAGAUCCAUCACCUUUCAGAGAAGAUUGCUAAUUUCAAGGAGAGAACCUUUACAUUCAAGACUCACAGUGAACAGUUUGCAAAUUCCUUCUGGACCAUCCUGGUUUGCUCCCUGGUGCACUUCCUCAAUGCCCUGCUAAUCCGAUUUGCUGGGUUUGAAUUUCCCUUUUCAAAAUCAAAAGAUUCAGGGAGGAUCACAGGAGCAGUUGACCUGAUGUAUUAA